AAGGACUCCCAUGGAAGAGGGAACUCUUCGUCCGUUUUCCAGAAUGCGUUUCCAAGCUCAUCAGUGCAACAUGAUACUGCUGCUAUGUGUUGAAAUGCUUGAAGAACACCCACUUCUCUGCUGGCACCUUCCGUCCUACUGAAACCAUGGUCUUCUCAGAAGUGUUGACUGUGUCCCAUACUGGGACAACCAACACAACAUUCGUAGUCUAUGAAAACACAUACGUGAAUAUCACGCUCCCUCCACCAUUCCAACACCCUGGCAUCGGUCCACUGCUUAGAUACGGUCUUGAAACCACGACUCCCACUGGGAUGAGUUCCUUGGGGGUGAAUAGCACAGCUGUACCCCCAACACCAGCAGCUUUUAAGAGCUUAAACUUGCCUCUCCAGAUCAUCCUUUCUGCUAUAAUGAUAUUUAUACUGUUUGUGUCUUUUCUUGGGAACUUGGUUGUUUGCCUCAUGGUUUACCAAAAAGCUGCCAUGCGUUCUGCCAUUAACAUCCUCCUUGCCAGUCUGGCAUUUGCAGACAUGUUGCUUGCAGUGCUGAACAUGCCCUUUGCCUUGGUGACUAUUCUUACGACCAGGUGGAUUUUUGGGAAGUUCUUCUGUAGGGUAUCUGCUAUGUUUUUCUGGUUGUUUGUGAUAGAGGGAGUAGCCAUCCUGCUCAUCAUUAGCAUUGAUAGAUUCCUUAUUAUAGUCCAGAGGCAGGAUAAGCUGAACCCCUACAGGGCUAAGGCUCUGAUCGCAGUUUCCUGGGCAACUUCUUUUUGCAUAGCUUUUCCUUUGGCUGUAGGAAACCCCGAUCUGCAGAUUCCUUCCAGAGCCCCCCAGUGCGUGUUUGGGUACACAACCAAUCCAGGUUACCAAGCUUAUGUGAUUUUGAUUUCUCUCAUUUCUUUCUUCAUACCCUUCCUGGUGAUACUGUAUUCAUUUAUGGGCAUCCUCAACACCCUUCGGCACAAUGCCUUGAGGAUCCAUAGCUACCCUGAGGGUAUAUGUCUCAGCCAGGCCAGCAAACUGGGUCUCAUGAGCCUACAGAGACCCUUCCAGAUGAGCAUUGACAUGGGCUUUAAAACGCGUGCCUUCACCACCAUCCUGAUUCUCUUUGCGGUCUUCAUUGUCUGCUGGGCCCCAUUCACCACUUACAGCCUUGUGGCAACGUUCAGCAAGCACUUUUACUACAAGCACAACUUUUUUGAGAUUAGCACCUGGCUGCUCUGGCUCUGCUACCUCAAGUCUGCAUUGAACCCGCUGAUUUACUACUGGAGGAUCAAGAAAUUCCAUGACGCCUGCCUGGACAUGAUGCCUAAGUCCUUUAAGUUUUUGCCACGGCUCCCUGGUAACACAAGGCGACGGAUACGCCCCAGCGCCGUCUACGUGUGUGGGGAACAUCGGACGGUGGUGUGAAUACCGGCAUGGCCUGACGUUUUGGGCCACAGUCAUUCUCUACCUGACUUUGAAUUUUCUUUCACAUGGCUCUCCACUUACACUUGUUUUCUUUAUAGGGUCUGUGUGUAAGGGUGUGUAUGCAGUGUAAAGAAAGAAUGGUGGUUAUAAUUCUCUUACCAAGAAUACACAUAGGGACGUAAUCACAGAUGUUACCUCCAGGGUUCAAGCAACACAUCCUCAAUUUAGGGUGGGAAGAUGGCUUUUUUUUUCUUUGAUUGGUUUUAUUUUUGAAGGAGGAAUCAGGAUUGUGCUUUACUGAGCCUGCAGUUACAUUGAACUCCAGGUGUUUUGUAUGCUGCUAAGUUGAGUUUAUCAGUUAGUUUUUUUUUUCUGGAAGACACUGCUGCUUAACGCCAUCAUAUCGGAGCCAAAAACCACUUUUACAUCUCAGUAGAUAAAUAUUUACUUUUAUUUAAAUAUAUAACCCAAGGGGGUUAGAGACAUUUUAAAGGUCAUUGCUAUUUACUUUGGUGCACUUUAAGAAACAAUGUACAAACUAAUUCAGUCGUAAAUUGUUUUUAUACAUGACACAUUGUGCUUUAGGAAAUAUUGCAUUAUCAUUUCCAGGAAGAUAGUUUUUGAAAAAUGUUUUGUCUGCAUGUAUGGUUCUAAAGAAGAGAACAUAAAAAUACAGAAAUUUUUCUAAGCACAAAAGCAAUUCUUUAGGGCGAUAGGGCAAAGUUGAGGAGACAGAACCCUUGCAAAUUUAAAUGGGAUGCAGUGAAGGGGUGGCUGCUGCUGGCUGUGGUGUCUCCUUUUACUCAAGGAUUCUCACCGAGUCCAGGACAGUGAAGGGUCUACCAUUUCUUGAACACCUACUGUGUGCCAGGCACUGUGCUUCAUUGUAUCCUCAUAGCAUCCUAUGAGGUAGGUAUUAUUUCUUCCAUUUUUAUAGACGAGGAAAGCAAAUCUCAGAGAGACGAAAAUCCUGUCCAAGGUUAGUGGUAGAACUGGGACCCCCAAAAAUCUGUCAGAGUCCUGAAACUGUGCUCUAUUCCACUGCGCCACACGUAACAUCAGUCAUACAUGUUUCAUAGUCAAGAGGCACUGCUGUGUGUCCUCUAAUUUUUUUUUUUAGACUGAAACCUUCCUUUUAAAAAUAAGUUCACUUUAUUUUUAAUUACCAAAAGACAUGUGAAACCGUUACAGAAAGUCUGGAAAAUGGAAAGAAAUAAAAGCACUCGCAACUACCCUUUUAUAUUGGAAUUUAAACAUUUUAGCUAAGUAGGGCUGUAAGGAGAGAAGGUGAUUUUUUUUUGGUUUGGUAAAACAAGUGACUGACAACUGUAGAGAACUUAAAUCCUGCAUGUAGGUCUUGGCCACGCAGGUUCAAGGGUGUCCAGUCAUCCACGUGUUUCUAAAUGUUCAGGGCAGAACAACAGGAUUGCCUGGUGCUUUCCCAGAGCGGAGCUGGAGUCUGUGAGUGUGUUGGAAUUGUGUCUCGUACAAAGAAGCAAAAAUAAGCAUGAUUCCAAGCCUAAAGCAACUUUGACAGGACAGGUCUGGGUUUUCAAAUUAUUUUUUUCUCUUGCUGACCAUCUGUCCCUGCCUGGUGCGUCCAGAGCAUUUGGUCCGCUUCUCAGAAAUCACUGACAGUGCACAGAGCCAACAGAUGUGGUCUGCAGAUGGAGGCUGUGUGAGGGCUGAGAGUGCAGCCCCUUGGCCUCAGCAUGGGCUUUACAUGUAGGGGAGUUAACUAGGAACGCUUUCUGGACUUGGAGUAUCUUUUCAGAAUUUUAGUGCUUUGUGAGCCAGUGGGACAAAUGAGCCUUUAUGAUUUCUUCAGUUUUAUGACCAGAGAGAGUUGAAAUCCAUGAAUCUUGAAGGUCUUGCCGAACUCCAAUGUGCUUUCCUCCGUGUGAGGGUGGAGAUUUUUGAAGACCCCAGCAUCACGGUCUGGUCUCCAGUAUUACCUUAUAUUUUACUUCAUUAGCUGUGUCUGAGAAUGGAAUGUCUGAGGAGCCUGUGGCACGGUGUCAGGAGUUAGGACUCUGAAAGUUUGAUGACGUUGCAAGAGAUGUAGAAAACCCUUCUCUUAAGGCAAUCGUUAUGCUAUUGGAAUUUGUUUUCCAGUUUAAGGACUCUUCUGGGACUCAAGCAUAUUUAGUCAACAGACUGUUUGGGGAUCAUCUUCCGAAGACAGUCACCUACCUCUUUGAUUUCUGAUUUAUAUUAUGCACAUGAAAAAAAAAGAUUUUGUAGGGAUCUUACAGAACACAGAGACACCGUAGUGGAUCCUAGUAGCAUGUUGAAGGGUGUCAUGCUUUCCAUUCGCAAUACAAACUGGAUUUCAAGCAGAGAGGAAUAAGUACAGUUGAAAUGAGACUUUUCUCUCAGGAAAGUCAGCAUGAUGUGUAUUCAUGAUACAUAGUUUUGGUAGGUCUUGAAACUUCCUUUGUGAUGUGAUAGGGGUUGACACCCAGCUUUGUUUGCUUCUAUGAGCAAUGCUUAGGUAAUUUUGUGCCGCUUGGAAGGCAGUGCAUCAUUUGGUGAAAGCUCUGAAAUGCCUGCUGAGAUGCUCGGUGUUUGUGAAAAGCGACCUUUGUGAGAAUUUAGCAACCCCACCACACAGCAGUUCUCUUUACACUGGAUAAUCUUGAUUCAAUGACAGUUUACAAAUCAUUUUGAAUGUUUUUAUUGUGUAUACAUUUUGCAAGCUUUAAAAAAAGAGCACUAUGGUAUACCUUUGAAAAAUGUAGGUGCCGAAUCCUAUGUCACCUAUUCUAUAUUUUCUUGAGGGGAAAAAAAGUACCACUACUAAUUAACGCCACUGACUGACAGCAUCAGAAAUGUUUUUGUUUUUCUUUUCCUUCUGACUAAUAAGUAAGAAGCAUGAAGAGAGAGUGAAAUGUUUGUUGUCAAAAAGAAAUCCCUAAUAGUGUGGGGAAAUGAUGGUCAAACCUUAAUAGGAGUGUGUGUCUGAAUACUCCCAAGGAGCUUGUUGACAGUACCAAUUGUGGGUUCCCCAGAGGGUCUGGGUUUGGGCCCAGGGAUGCACACUUUCAUUUUGUUGAACAGUCUGCCUGACUCUGAUGUGUGUGCUUCCUGGUGCAACUUCAGGAAGCACUCCCGUCACAAAUAUACCCAUUUCAAUAUUGUCUGUUUUAUCCAAAAAUGUUUGUCUUGCAUUGGAAGCCAUGCAUGCACUACCUCCUAGUGCAUGGGUGAUCUGUGUCAAGAAACUCGACAUAUCUUCGUGCCUAAGUUGCCGCACGUGUGUUGGUGCUGGAUCUUGCCAGUGUGGGCUCUGCCUUCUAUUAACUGGCAAAAUUCUGAGAAACCAUAUCGUUUCACAGUAGAGCAAAGAGAGGGACUUGAUAUUUGAAAAUCAUGACUUUUAGGAGUCUGAUUCUUCUAGUGCUUUCUUUUCUUGCAGAGAAAUAUUUUUAUUGUAUGUAACCUCUGAAGAGUAUGAGAGAAAUGUAAAGAUUCAUUUAAUUCAUCUUGCUCUGCUUACACCAGUUGUGUUCAAUGGAAGCAUGGAGACAAUAAAAUAACCUCUUUAAUCAACGUAUUUCAGUGGCUGACAAAGAUAUUUACUUCUCCUGAUCUUUGCUUUUGUUUACAUCAAAAUAUUUAUGUAUAUAUCACAGAAAAUUUUCUUACAUGUUUGACAUUUUAUUCUACCAUAAUUUUUAAGUUUAAAGGACUACUGAAUUCAAGUUUAUUUCCACAUAGUCCUGCUAAACUGCCUUCAUUGAAAACUCAGUUUUUAUAAUAAAAAAUCAAAGCACAUGUUUGUUAUUAAAGGUAAAUGAAAUAUCUUUCUUAGACAUGUAUUGGUACUAGUCCUGUGUAAUUAAAAUUUAUUUAUUUUACAAUAGUACCUGACCUAUGAAAAAAAGCCACUUUGAAUUUUGGGUUGUAAUAUUCAAAAUCUAAAAGUAUGAUUAUUUGUGCAUAUUCUUACUACAACCAGGAAAAGAGCUCCCAAUAAGAAAAUGAAUAAACGUUGAACAUUUCUUAAAGUGGAGUUUUCUUUUUAAAGGACUAUUUCAUCUUAGAAAAAUUUUGUCACAAGUAAUACUUUCUGUUAAAUUAAAAUCUGAGUUUAGUUUCAAA